UCACCACCACUCCCUUCACUCAACCCACACCCCUCUCUCUCAUACUUUCUCUCUCUAAACUACUCUAAUGGCAGUUGAAGCUCUACCUUCCCCCACGACCGCAACCCCCGGUUUGUUCAGACAAGACUCGAGCAAUCACCUAAAGUAUUUAGAGUCAUGGACAAAAGGCAAAAGAUCAAAACGACCACGUACCGAUCAACCGCCAUCCGAGGAUGAGUAUCUUGCCUUUUGUCUUAUGCUACUCUCUCGUGGCCGCCAUGGUACCUUGUCCCCGCUUACUAAUACCGUAGCGCGACAACCAGAACAAAACCAACCCACUCAACCACAACAAAAGCAACACCAGCACCAGCAACAGCAGCAGCAGCAGCAACACCAACACCAACACCAACACCAACACCAACCAGAACAAAAGCAACCCACUCAACCACAACAACAGCAACAACAGCAGCAGCAACAACCACAAUUGUUUGUAUACAAGUGUAGCGUGUGUGACAAAACUUUUGGGUCAUACCAAGCUCUAGGUGGGCAUAAAGCCAGCCACAGGAAAAACACUCCUGUGGGUGUCAGAGCAGAAGUCGAACUACCCGCCUCAACGACCACUGCCACCACUAGUGGGACCCACGGUGGUGGAAGUGGAAGGAGUCAUGAGUGUUCUAUAUGCCACCGGUGUUUUCCAACCGGACAGGCGUUGGGUGGUCACAAGAGGCGUCACUAUGAAGGCGUUAUCGGUGGUGGAAGGAGUCAUGCCGGGAGCGGGAUAACGUUAUCGGAUGGUAGUCAACGCGGGUUUGACUUGAACCUCCCUGCAGAACAAGAGGUUGAAAGUCCACAUCCCGCUAAAAAGUCUAGAGUUUUUCCGGCACCUUUGGUUUUCUGAUUUACAAGUUGUUGAUUUUUGGAUUUAGGAAAUCUUUUAUGUAAAUGAUUGUUCCAUUUGAUAAAUUCAAUCCGAUUGAUUUUUUUAUUAUAAAA